AUGGCCUCCGGGUGGGGCCCGGAGCCCUUUGAGAUCCUGGAUGGUGGGACCAAGGAGGAGGCUGCCGAUGCACGUGCCGGGGAGGCAGAGUUUGGUGCCUCUGGUGUCAAGCCAACUGCUGGAGAUAGCCCACUCCACAUCACAGCCCCCCCCCAACCCCCAACCGCCGUGUCGCGGCGCGAGGCGGCCUACAUGAUGGCCAUCUUCUGCCUGACGGGGUGCCUGCUGUUUGCGGACCAGAACCUGAUGGCCCCAAACCUCACCGCCGUGGCCCGAGACUUUGGCUUCAGCCCCGACCAGCGCGACCGCCUGCUGGGCGGCGUGGUCGCGGCCAGCUUCUACCUGGUGGGCGCCCCCGCGGCCCUGCUCUUCGGCUGGCUCUGCGACCGCGUGGACCGCAGGCGCCUGCUCUUCGCCGCCGUGGUGCUGGGCGAGGCCCCCGCCCUGCUCACCCUGGCCGUGCGCCGCUACUGGCAGCUCCUCCUCCUGCGCGUGCUCACCGGCAUCUCCCUGGGCGGCGCCUUCCCCCUCAUCUUCAGCCUGGUGGGGGACCUGACCACCACCGCCCGCCGCGCCACCGCCGCGGCCGUCAUCCAGGUGUCCCUGGGUGCGGGCCUGGCGGUGGGCCAGGGCAUCGCCGGCUUCGUGGGGCCGUCGCUGGGCUGGCGGGCGCCCUUUGCCAUCGUCGCGGCGCCCACGGUCGUGCUGGCGGUGCUCAUGCUGUGCACGACACGGGACCCGCCGCGCGGCCGUACCGAGGAGGCGCUGGCCGAGGUCUUUGAGGGCAACCCGGGCUUCGUGUACGACGAGCGUAUGACAUGGUCCAAGGCCGGCAUCCUGCUGCGCACGCCCACCAACAUCUGCGCCAUCGGCCAAGGCCUCUUCGGCUGCAUCCCCUGGGGCAUGCUGCUCACCUUCCUCAAUGACUUCCUGGCCCAGGAGCGACGCCUGAGCGUCCAGGCGGCCACCACGGUCCUGCUCUGCAUCGGCAUCGGCGGCGCCCUGGGCGUGCUGGGGGGCGGGCUCCUGGGCCAGUGGAUCUACAAUCGCAGGAAGGCCGCCAUGCCCGUGUUCAUCGGCUUGAGCACCAUGCUGGGCACGCUGCCCAUGUGGUACGUGCUCAACGGCGACGUCGGCCGGCGCUACACGGCGACGCUGGUGGCGGCCCUGGGCGUGGGCUUCGCCAGCUCCACCAUGGGUCCCAACGCCCGGGCCAUGCUGCUGAACGUGAACGAGCCGGAGAUGAGGGGGCUGGCCCUGGCGCUGCAAAGCAUGCUGGACGACCUGGGGAAAGGCCUGGGACCGGUGUUUGUUGCGGCCCUGAUCUCUGGCCUGGGUCGAACGGCGGCGCUGAACUUGGCAGCUGCCGGCUGGCUACCCUGCGGCGCGCUCAUCCUGCUGGCCGCCUUCUCGGUGGAGCGAGACGAGGAGGCGGUGCAGGCCAGGCUGCGCCAGUCAAUCGCCCGCAUGGCAGAGGAAGUGGGAGAGCGGGAGCUACUCACUGCUGCCGGGUCUCAGCACUGA